AUGGAGUUUGAAUGUAACAAGGUCAUCACCAAAGAUCACUUAAAGGCUUUAAUUAACGCCGAAAACAUUGGCAAGGAUAAACAUGGGCUGACGGAAAGCGAUUUGAAUUCGAAGGAUAGGAUGAAAUUUAAGCCAACCGAACGCAUUAUGAGUAAAGAGGUUCGCGAAUGCCUAAAGGAGUUCGUACCGGAAUCCGAAGGAACCGUUUUUCUGCUUAAAGUAAUGAGCGAAACGCAUGCGGCGUUCUGCGAUGUAGACAUCGAGCCGCUGCAAAGGGUGUUUUACAUGUGGCAUGCUUUAUUCGUGGUACGAUGCUGGCGAAACAGCUGUCUCGCCAGAAAAACGGCUUCAAAGGAAUGUAUUACUUCAAAUGCAUACACAUGCAUGGAGUUAAAUGCGCAUGCUAUUGUAAUGCUGCUGGACAUGUGCAGAGAAUCUCCGGAACAAUUUUUAGUACUGUGUUUUUCAAGUCAACCAGCAGAGGAGCUGUUCCGGGAGUUGCGUUCCAUGACGACAACAUUGGAGACUGCAGUGGAAUUCAGCAUGAGGGAAAUUGGAGAUCGAAUCCGUCGUGCGUUCAUGAAGGUGUUAGUAUCAUACCGCCAAAAGGAAAAAUACACUUUUCCCAAUAUCAUCAAAAAGCUCGAAAAAUACCCGGCUGUGCAGCAGAUACCAUCAAAGGAAGCGAUUAAAAAUGAAAUUGAGCGUGCUAGGCUAGCAGCAUCUUGUAAUCUGGUCGAGCUUGGCCUUUCUAUCGAUGAACAAUCAUUCAAUGAUAGUUUAAAUAUGCGUGAUACUUCGGAAAUUGAAUUUGUUAGUACCGGAACCACGAUUGUCUCGGAUGAAGAAGAUGAAGACGAAGAAGAUCCACAUGAAUUUGAAUUCAUCAGCAUUUCAAAUAAGAACGACGAAACGGCCAGUGACAGCGCCAACGAGGAAGAAAAUCAAAUUGAAACCGAUAGCGACACCAAGAUAUCUGGCGAAGACGACGAAGAAGAAAUAAUAUAUAAUGCGAGUGAACUUUUCCCCAAAUUCGGCGGCGAGCUCAGGUUGAAGGGUAGCACUUCAUCGAAAAAACACACCUUCAAUAUAAGAGACUGUAGAGGAAAGGUACACCGUAUUAAAAAAAGCAAAGUUCUGUGGAUGAUGACGAAUGGCCGUUCGCGACAAGUUAAUACUCGCCUUGCAAGAUACAAACAGAAAACUCAACAAAACCAAACUUCGACAACAAGCUAACAAACAAGACCUAGACUCAUUCGACGAAAAAAAAAAAGCUCCUGAUGCCGAUGAAAAGACGAUUCCUUAGCUGGGCGUGAUCCUCACGAUCGCUUUCGUCGAACAGGAUCGACGGCCGAGACGCACACCACCGACCAGACAAUCCCUUAGCGGGGCGUGAUCAUC